UAUCCGUCCGGUGGGCCAGGCACUCGGUUGAUUCCCCAAGAAAUCUGGUUGGGCCGGGAAUUCGCAAUCACGAAACGAUCUUUGUCUCUUUGGCGACUUAAUUACGUGUGAUAAAAGAUUUAUACGCCGGCGAGUUCAAGUAGCUUCAAAUACUCGGUCGCUACUUUAUCGCCAUGAACGACAAUAUAAAAACCGUGACGGUUUACCCAACCACAUUGGAAUUAACGACCCCAACAAAACCGGCGAAUGGCAGUAACGAUGAUUACGAUCCUCACCAGCACCGCGAGCUGAAGAAUCCCACUACAAACUUCCAGACAUUCACCCACUUCCUGAAGGCUUCCGUGGGCACUGGCGUCCUGGCCAUGCCCAGUGCCUUCGCACACGCGGGAUAUGUGAAUGGCACCCUUCUCACACUGAUCAUUGGAUCGCUGGCCCUCUAUUGCCUGCACAUUUUGAUCAAAUGCAUGUACAUCCUGUGCAAGCGGCAGCGGGUUCCCUACGUCAGCUUCUCGCAGGCCAUGAAUCUGGGACUCAAACAAGGUCCACCCUGGCUGCGUUGUUUGGCACCCAUUGCCGUUCCCUUUGUAGAUGGCUUCCUGGCCUUUUACCACUUCGGCAUCUGCUGCGUCUACGUGGUUUUCAUAGCGGAAAGCAUAAAGCAGCUGGUGGAUGAGUAUCUGGUGGUCUGGGAUGUGCGAAUACACAUGUGCAUCAUCAUUGUGCCACUCCUGCUGAUAUAUAGCAUCAAGAAUUUGAAGCUACUCGCGCCUUUUUCCAGUGCAGCGAAUCUUUUGCUUCUAGUGGGUUUUGGCAUAAUUUUGUACUAUAUCUUUGAGGAGCUACCUCCCCUAAGUGAACGAGAUCCUUUUGUGGCCGCCGGAAAGUUGCCCACCUUCUUCGGCACAGUGCUCUUUGCUCUGGAAGCAGUGGGAGUGAUCCUGGCAAUUGAGGAGAACAUGGCCACGCCCAAGUCCUUUGUGGGCCCCUGUGGCAUUUUGAAUGGUGGCAUGUCCAUAGUGCUGGGCUUGUAUGUCCUGCUCGGCUUCUUUGGCUACUGGAAAUAUGGCAAUGAGUCGGAGGGCAGUAUUACCCUAAAUAUUCCGCAGUCCGAGAUACCCGCACAGGUGGUAAAGGUGUUCUUUGCCAUCACCACCUGGAUCUCAUAUGCCUUGCAGGGCUAUGUGACUGCCCACAUCCUGUGGGAUAAAUACUUGGCCAAGCGCUUCAAGGAAACCAGGCAGACAUUCUAUGAACUGAUUUUCAGAGCCAUAAUAGUGCUGCUCACUUUUGGCUGCGCUGUUGCCAUUCCGGAUCUAUCAGUCUUCCUCUCCCUGGUGGGCUCCUUUUGCCUGUCGAUCCUGGGCCUCAUCUUCCCCGUGCUGCUCCAGAUCUGCGUCCAGUACACCGAGGGCUACGGCCCAUUCCGGAUAAAGUUGAUCAUCAAUCUUCUGCUUCUGUGCUUUGGCAUCUUUGGCGGAGUUGUGGGCACCUAUGUUAGCAUUUUGGACAUCAUUGCGGUGUACAAGUAAACUUCGAAUUCGAUGUGGCUCAAUAAACUCGGCCUUAAUUUACAUUUGAUGAUGUGGCUAGAAGAUUUAUAGCAAUUGGCCAAUACACACUCGCAGUAAACAAUGUUGGCUUAUGGCCUGCAUAGUCAUGCUGCCAAAGUAGACCAAA